AGAUCGUGUCCAUUUCAUUUUCCCUCCAUUUUAGUUUCUUCAUAUUGCCGGCAGAGAAUCAGCGCUUCCAUUGGAAGCCAGUGGUACGACCGUCGGUACUCUGUACCCGAAAUGCAGCAAAAUUGCGGGGGUUGUUGAAGUACUUGCGCUGAAACCCUCGAUUUGACCCUCUACUGCGCCGCUGUGAAGGAUAGCUGUUGAAUGAAAAUGGAAGAAGCUGGAGAGGAAGGGGAUAUUUCUCAGUCCUUGGGCUCACCACUGCCAUCUACACUGCCGGAUGAGAAAAUGGCACCAAUGGAACAGCUGCCAAAGAUAUCUCUACUGACACGGCCCGGAUUUGGGACUUCUGGCAAACACGUGUCGUUACGCACAAAUCACAUCAGUGUUUCCAUCAACAAUCCGGAUGAAAGUUUUUAUCAGUACAGUGUUUCUAUUAGUUCUGAGAGUAAUCCGGUUAUCAACAACCAAGUAAUUGGCAGGAAAGUCACUGAUAAACUAUACCAAACAUACUCUUCUGAGCUUUCUGGGAAGAGGUUUGCCUAUGAUGGGCAGAACAGUCUGUAUACAGUGGGGCCCUUACCACAGAACCACUUAGAGUUCACGGUGGUUCUUGAUGAAUUUGUUGCCAUACGAAGUGGGAACCUUUCUAAUAACGGAAGUUCCGGCGAGUCUAGCAAAAGGUCCAAGCAAUCAUUGCUGUCAAGAACAUACAUGGUCGAGAUUAGUUUUACAGCUAAAAUACCUUUAAAAUGCAUAUCUGAUGCUCUUCAAGGAGCUGAAGUAUCUAAAGGACAAGAUGUUCUCAGGGUAUUGGACAUUGUGCUGAGGCAACACGCAUCUGAACGGGGGUGCCUUUUGGUUCGGCAAUCAUUCUUUAAUGACGAUGCACGAAUGUUUACUGAUAUUGGAGGGGGUUUGACAAGUGUAAGAGGAUUCUAUUCUAGCUUUCGUCCAACUCUUGCUGGCUUAUCUCUAAAUAUGGAUGCAUCCACUACUUUGAUCUUGAAACCAGGGCCCGUUGAGGAUUUCCUUCUGGCUAACCAGAAUGUGAAAGAAAGUCGCAAUAUAGAUUGGCGAAAGGCAAGAAAGAUGCUCAAGAACAUGAGAGUAAGGGCUACACACAGUAACAUGUUGUACAAGAUUAUAGGUUUGAGUGAGAAACCUUGCAACCAGCAACUUUUCUUGUUGAAAGUGAGGAAUGGAAACAGUUCGGGAGAGGAUUCCGAGACAGUAGAGAUUACUGUUUAUGAAUACUUCGCGAAGUACCAUAAUAUAGAAGUUAAAAGAUCUGCAUAUAUGCCAUGCCUUGAUGUUGGAAAACAGAAACGACCUAUCUACUUACCAUUAGAGCUCUGUUCCCUCAUCUCUCUUCAGCGCUACAAAAGAGCAUUAUCAACAAUCCAAACUAUUUCCUAUAUUGAAAAAUCAAGGCAGAAGCCUUCUGAGAGGAUACAAGUUGUAACUGAUGCUGUAAAGAACUGUAACUAUGAAAAUGAUCCUCUCCUUUUGUCUUGUGGUAUAUCAAUUGAAAAGCAUCUUUCCCAAGUAGAUGGAAGGGUCCUUGAUGCACCAAAGCUGACAGUAGGCGAUAAUGAUGAGUUCUUACCAAGUAAUGGUCGCUGGAAUUUCACUAAGAAGAGAUUUCUGAAACCCAUCCAUAUAGAGCGAUGGGCACUGGUCAAUUUCUCUGCACGUUGCGACUCUAGCUAUCUUUCGAGGGAGCUCAUCAACUGUGGGAGGAAAAAAGGGAUUGAAAUUGAACGCCCAUAUACAAUAAUUGAAGAAGACCCCCAAUGUAGAAAAGCAAGUCCGUUUGUACGUGUAGAAAAGAUGUUUGAGCAGAUUAUGGACAAGAUACCUGGCCCUCCUGAUUUUCCUCUUUGCCAGUUUCUGCUUUGUGUGCUUCCGGAUCGCAAGAACUCUGAUAUCUAUGGACCCUGGAAAUUCAAAUGUCUGAGCUACUGGGGUAUAGCCACUCAGUGUCUUUCCCCUCUCAAGAUCAAUGAACAAUAUCUGACAAAUUUACUUCUGAAGAUCAAUUCUAAGCUUGGAGGGACCAACUCCUUAUUGGGUAUAGAGCUUUCACGACAUAUUCCACUCAUAAGUGCUAAGCCAACCCUGAUCUUGGGGAUGGAUGUUUCACAUAGCUCUCCUGGUCGAUCAGAUUGUCCAUCCAUUGCCGCUGUCGUCGGAUCCCUUAGCUGGCCACUAAUAUCAAAAUAUAGAGCAGCUGUCCGAUCUCAAGCUUCGAAAACAGAGAUGAUCGAGUGUUUAUUCAAGCCACUAAAGAAUGGAAAAGAUGACGGAAUUAUGAGGGAACUACUCCUAGAUUUCUAUAGCACUAGUGGAGGACGUAAGCCAGAACAAUUAAUUGUUUUCAGGGACGGCGUUGGCGAAUCACAGUUUUCUCAGGUUGUGAAUGUUGAGCUUGAUCAAAUGAUAAAGGCGUAUCAGUAUCUCGGAGAGACAAAUAUCCCAAAGUUCACCGUGAUAAUUGCCCAGAAAAAUCACCAUACCCGGCUGUUCCAAGCCUCGGCCCCUGAAAAUGUGCCACCAGGUACUGUUGUUGACACCAAGAUUGUUCACCCAAUGUAUUAUGAUUUCUAUAUGUGUGCACAUAGAGGCUUGACGGGAACUUCCUGCCCCGCUCACUACCAUGUGUUGCUGGAUGAGAUCGGUUUCUCCCCUAACAAGUUGCAAAAUCUGAUCAAUUCACUAUGCUACGUAUACCAAAGAAGCACAAGCGCCAUCUCCAUCGUUGCGCCUGUGCGGUACGCACAUCUGGCAGCUCUACAAGUGAGUCAGUUGGUGAAGUUGGACGAUAACUCUGAAGCUUCUCACGAAGGGAGCGACCCGGAGCUCCCACGUCUCCACGAAAAUGUGGCGGGAUCGAUGUUCUUUUGUUGAGCCACAUUGAGAGAGAGGUGAGUACAUUUUGAUUUUUUUCGUUAGAUUUUAGUUAGUAUUCAUUAAUAACAAGUGUGACUGACUGGGUGGAUUGGAUAUAUUGAUGGAACAAGCUUAGCCAGCCAUGUCAUGUUUUCUUUUCGAUCUUUUUGGAAAGGAAAUAUGUCAAGAAUUGUAGUACGUUAAUUGCUUUUUUGAGGUGGAUCUGGUGUCCAUGGGGUGCAACCAUCAACACCAUGCUAAUUAAUUUUGUUUG